AUGAAGCUCUUACAAGCAGCAGCUAUUGCCAUCAUCUACGCCCAGGCAGCGCUCUCUGCCCCAGCCGACGUUGUCUCUGUGCAAGCAGACGCCAAUGGUGAAUGCGGCUCCCUCGGAGUCAUGAAGGUCGACAAUGCCACGCUGCCCGCCAACGUUGACCGCAACAAUAUUCGCAAGUGUGCUGGCCACCCGGAGGGACUCGGAGAAGGACAAACAAGGGCGGCUACUGCUGGGCAAGUUGUAGCCUCGACAGGAAGUGGUGCUGGACAGCUAACAAUUGGGGCUACGGUCCGUGGUCGACUUGCAACACUCCUUGGGAUUGUCUUUCAAGACAUGAAAGCGUGGCUUGUAGCCAAGGUAACUGCAAGGAAUGCGGAGGAGCCUGAGCUGGAUUUCGAUACGGGUGUCAAGGUUGUACAGGGAACAAAAGGAUGGCCUCGCCGCCGGACUCGAAUUGUCGAAUCUAAGCAGAGAUCUUGA